GCGCAGACACGGAGCCCCCCCCCCCCCCCGGCUUACGCAGCCCACGGGGAUAUGCGACGGCCCCGGGUACGUGCUCAGCAUCGGGCGUCUUGCUUGGCCUCUGUACAGCAGGCAGCAGCACAAGCCGGCUAAUGCCGAGUGGCCGAUACGGUCGUGAGCGCACCAAUAUUGGUUGUUUGGCUGCUACGGAGACGACUGCUGCUGCUACAAUCGACUGCCGCUCUCUCCUCCCAUUGCCAAGAGGCUGCGAAGACAAACCUGGGAUUCCUUUUCCUGCACCAGGCUCAACGUUUCUGUAUGCAGCUCGCCAGGAUGUGCAAGAGUGAGAGAACUGCAAGAUUGAACUCAAGCAGCCACAAUCGAAAUGCCUUUGUACGCUCACCUCCCACAAAUGACAGCCGAUUAAUUAAACCGUAGCCAUCUCUGCCUUGCGUGAUAUUGUAGGAAGACCUCGCAUCUCCACCUCCGAGAGGGAGCCCUUCAACGUGAUUCCCAUACCGUUUGCACAACAAGUUCUUCCCGGAAGACACGUGACUCGGUGAGAGUUGAGCACAGUUCUGCUCGUCCUACAAAGGGAACUCCUUGACCCAGACAUCCGUACGCAGAAGGAAGGACGUGACAUCUACGACUACGGCACCUCGCUACCCGUGUGCUGGAUGCUUGGCCAAAGGUAGAGGAAUUACCAGCAACUUGCCCGGUGAGAGUGAGUUGGCUUUCGCCCAUUCUUUUUUCAACACCCAGUGCCUUAAUUCCCAAACUUAAGGCUGGUGCCGCGUUAUUGAGCGACGCCGAGACGCACGGGCUCCAGGACGUCUCGCGAGACACGGAGACGGGAGAUCGAGAAGCGAGCCGCGGUGGCGCGAGAGCGAGAGGUGUGGGGGCGGCGGUGCUGUUGUGGGAGGGAGUGUGGGGCUGGGGCCUGGAGGCCACCGAGCCUGCUGCCAGUCUCCUAUGAGUUGGCGCGGUCGCCAUGAGCAGCGGGUAUUGCACGCUGGAGGAGGGCCUGGAGAUUGAGCAGUUCUACACGGCCAAGGGCACGCUGCCCACGAGCACCAAGAGCUGGGAGCACGCGGCGGUGGAGCAGGCUGGAGCAUCUGAAAGAAAUGGGAACGUGGAGCCGCCCUCGACGAAAGCGGAGCUGCCUCAUGACGAGGCAGAGGAGAAGAUCUCAUCAUUCAACCGCGCUGCACCCCGCAACGCGCACAUGACGCUGCAACCGGACGGCAGCUUCACGGGAUUCAUCGAGGUGCAGCUCAAGUUCCGCAGCGUCGACGGCUCUGAGAGGGAAGCUGGAGCUGGCCGGGAGAGCGGCGGCGAUGGUGGUGGCGGCGGUGCGACCGGUGCUGCCCGCAAGCUCAAGAGGCGCUCGGCACGUAGUGGAGAGAGCACUAAGCAGGUUCACUUGAGCAGCCGGACGAGCGCUCUGGAGGUGUCCGAGGCCCUGGUCGCUCGCUUCCGCAGCGGCAACUCCCUGCAGCCGCGCUUCGCCCUCUUCAAGUGCACACAGCGCGACGGGCAGGGCUGCCACCGCAAGCUGGGCGACGCGGAGCGGCCGCUGCUGGUGAGGCUGCUCGCCGGGCCCGACCCCAACGCGCUCAGCUUCCUGCUGCAAGAGAACGAGACCAGAGAAGUUAUUUGGGAAGCGUUCUCCAUCCCGGAGCUCAAGAACUUCCUGAGGAUCCUGGAGCGCGAGGAGCGGGAGCACGUGCGGCGGGUGGAGGAGAAGUUCUCGCGCUACCGCGGCCUCCUGCGGGACGCAAUGGCGGGCGGCGGCGCUCCGCCCCACGCCUGAGCGGCGGCCGCCACCCUCCCGCACGCGCCGUGGGAACGACCGCGCCGUGGGAUUGGACCGACUCGGCGGCCGAUUUGACGAACGCGGCCUCAAGAGGCGGCGUCGAUGAACAGGAGAUGAGGAGGCCGUCCCUGUGGGGAGGGUCGGCCUUCCUUUCGAGCCAUAGUGGCCCGCGAGGCCCACCGCCCGUGAGCGGCCACGUGGUCUCUGUGGCCUGCACUGACUUCCAUGGGUUGGGGCUGUGACGUCAUGAUGAGCAAAUGCGUAAAAUGACAUAAUCACAAUCACCAAAAAAAAUAAGUUUUUAUUUAUGCGGAACGAAUACAGGUAAUGUUACUUUCACAGGUUCAUUUGCUUUUUGUUAAGGAGUAAAAAUUAUUGGAAGGCUUUAAUUAAAUUAAUUAUUUGUGUUAUUAUAAUUUCGGAUUGUUUGCUUUUGGUACAUUUUCUGUGUUGACUCCAAAUAAUGAUGACUUUUUUUUUAUGCAGGUAGCUGCUUGUUUGUUGGUGUGAGUCUGUAUGUGAAGUGGUGGCCUCGUGGUUAGCACACUGCACUAUGAUCCUGGUUACCCAGGUUCUAUUUCUGGCCCUGAAUUUCCCCUUUGGCGAACUCGGCAUAGAAUUAAUACUUAGUGUUAUGUGGCCCACGUUAACGAGAGGAAACAAAGGUGGCCAGGAAUGUCGCUUGCCACACCUUUGCAAGCUUUGCUGGCCUUAGUGCUUGAUAAUCGCAAUUGCCCUGGCAGUUCAUGAGGCUCAACAGAGGAUCUUUAUCUUGCUGCGUGCGUGGAGAGCGGCAGUGCAGCGGUUAUCAUGCCGCCUUAUGAACCUCGAGACCCGAGCUACAUUCCCUUUUACGGCCAACUUCAGGACGAAUAUCUGAACCGGUCCGGGGCCUCACCUCGGUCAACUCAACCUUAUGUGAAUACCUGGUGCGGUGUAUAAACAUCACUACCGGGGUGACAAAUGCGGCCGGGUGUGGUGAUAGCCACACCACCCCCUCUUAUGCUGCAUCCGCCUUCAUAGGUGCUGCUCUCUAAUGGAACUUGCCCCAACAGUCUGUCACGAUUGUACGGGGAGUCUUUGUGUGUGCUUGCCCACAUAAGCGACCAUUUCGUCUUCACCUUGCGAUGUCUGUGAUCCUGUGAAGUUGCAAGUCGUUUGGUGGGCUCCGUGGGCCUGUCCCAGAAACUCUUCUGUGCUUCUUUGCAUCAUCUACAACGUUUACCGCUUGCAGAUAGCCGCUGACCUCUGCUUCUUCCUACCGAGACAAUCUAUACCGGUGUCUAAGUGAGUGAGUGUGUGAAUGUAUGCGAAGUGUGAGUCCUACAGUGGACAUGCUAACAUUUGACUCGUGACAUCGGCUCUCAAGAACGCUCUUCACCGAGUGAGUCUCUAUGUGUAGACACAGGCCCGAGCGGAGCGUUGUAGUUGAGCCACACGCUGUAAGGACGGCGAUGUGCGGGUGAAUGCUUACAAGGAAUAGAGCGAUAUCUUGACUCCAAAGUACUUUCCCCUUGUCCCUGGAAUGGGUGCGACUGAGUUGGAUGGGGCCUCCACUGCUGAAGCUCAAGCAGAUAGUGCUCAGUUUGAUGUCACCGAUUGGACUCUGGGGGCACAACUGAAGUCAAGCACCGUGAUACAAUGAUGUGGAUGUCAUUUCCCUGCUCGAAGUAGAUGGUUGAUAAAUUAUACUGCCAGGGAAUAUAAUUCAUCAUAAUCAUCGUUAUCAGACAGUCAAUCUACUGUUGGAUGAAGGUUUUCCCAAAGGCGUCGCCAACCCCCACGGAUAUGCGAUGUAACAAUUCGCUGAGCAGCGGCACACGAGCUCUCUUCAUCGCUCUAGAUUUGAAGCUCUCUUCAUCGCUCCAUCUGGGUGGAUGUUCUCCUUUCCGAACUACUUAUGGAAUAUUCCUGUGGUGGUGACGAGUCAGGCCACGGUGUCCCGCCGCUGUUGAUUCACCACCCAGUUAAGGAGCCUCACGAGGUAUGGUGAUGAUGAUGAUGAGAAGUCAUUCUUCACAGGCAGUCGAUACCAAUUGCGUCCCGUGAUGUUAGCACAGUACUCUACAUGAAAUCCACGCAACAUUUUUCUAUUCAAGCAGAGAACAAUUGAAAUGCCCCCUCCUUCCAUCCAUCAACCAAAUGACCAUCAACGGCUCGCAUUUUAUGAGCAAAGCCAUAACCGCAUUAUUAUUAUGACUUAAAAAAAUAUACGUUCUGCUUUCAACUCAAAUUACAAAAACACACCCUACGUCGUCUGAGAAUUCUACAGUACACGCACUGAAUUACACGUUGCAUUUCAAACCUAAAGACUCGCUUGCAAGCAUUGGCCUACCUCCGGGUAUCACGGUGACUCUGCCUAUGGGUGAGCAGACUCGGCGGUGGGUGACAUGCGUUCGUGGUUGUGCGUAUUUGCUAGGAACUUAUUCGAUAUAAACUUUGGUGCUUUCCACUUGACAGCAGCCGAUAUGGCCUUAGCAGCUAUUGCCCUUAGCUUGUCCUUUGCUGGCUUCAAGUUGUGGCACCUGUGCAUGUCAUUUUCAAUGACUUCGUCUCGUGCAGUCGGUCUCUGCUGCUUUCAUGAGAUCUAGCCCAGUGGCUUUUUAGUUUUCCCAGGGCUUCCUGGGUGGGAAGCGCGGCUUCUGCGUGACCUGCAGUGGUCUCGUGCUUCGUGUCAUUGACAGAAACCAUUCUGCUUGCGCACGCCCUGCCAGUCUCGCCGUCCGAUAUUCAGAAGUCGUUCGCGUGUAUGGUGGAGAGGGAGUGGGCUUUAUUUAUUUGCAAAUAUGAAUGCUGGACGUGUUCGUGGAGGUGCGCGCAUCUCCUCCCAGCAGAAAUAAAGCAGCGCCCUUGAAGGGAAGAGCAAAUCUGUUGAGAGUUAGCGAUUUAAAGAAGACUGGACAGGGACAGAUACUUGUAUUGAUGACGUGGUGUUGUAGUAUUUGCUUUUAUCCUGGAACGUGGAGUUGGCACAUGCGCUCUUUCUUCUUCAAGAGCAGCCAAGGGAUCUUGAAUAUCCACAGUGAGCAGGUCCUUGUGUCUGAGCCCCUUCGCACGGACAGCGCUUCGUACAGCACGGAGCCCCUGGUAUUUGGAUAUCAAGAGGACUGGCUCAAAAGGGAGUGUCCCCUCUUCUGAGCAACCACCAUCACUUUGUUAAGCAACAUUUUUUCAUCUGCUGAUUCUGAGCCAGUGAUGGAAAUUCCACAUUCCUGUGGCGGGGUCAAGUAUAUCAACAUUAAAAUGUAAUUUAGACACUACCACCAAAUCGUGCCGCCUAACAAAGCGGUGUCCGUGUUACCGACCCCAGAGGAUGGUAACGGAAUGCGAUGGCCCUGUCCAGGAUUUGAACUUGUCUCAUUGUGGGGAGUUCUUCUGCCAACUGAGCUGUAUCCCAGCCAAAACCAAUGUUUAUGGUCACAUUUGGCAGCAAAUACUACUACAGUUAUUAAUGAUGAUAACAGAACGGGUGGUAAUUGUGAAGUGGCUUUGCAAGCAGCACCCUGAAUGUACAUGCCCUCCUCGUUACUGUCAUGUCGUAAAUACGACCCUGUUCUAUUAAGUGUGGUGUUGUUAUUUUUAUAUUUAUAGGAUGGUUUAAAUUGUUAGUCAAGAUCAAUGUGAACUGUUAAACUUGUGUGUGCAUUUUCAGUCAGUCAACUCUUUGUUAGAUUUAUUUAAAGAUAUCAGACAAUGUAAAUAGAAUAUGGUACAGUGGUUGUCCUAUGUAGACUGACCACCGCCAUGGAAAUGUGGAAUUACUACCACUGGCUCAGGGCUGCCAAUGGAGAUAAGUUUCAGCAAUUUUGGCUUUAACUUGAAGUACAGUAUAUAUAUAUUUUAUUGAAUAUAUUGAUUUGAAUAUUAAUUUGAUUCUUAGGAUGAAAAAGGAAGGGAUGCUAUGAAGCUCCUGAUUGGUGCAAACUCGCCAGGUGUGGCGAUGUCUGAUUUGCUGUUCGGACAUGCAGGUAGAGACUUUAAUCUAAGCUUCAAUGAUCUGCUUGGUUCCCUUGUUCUUCAGACAAUGCUUUUUGACCAAAGCCAAUUUAUUGGGUUUAGGUCUCACCAGUGCUGGUGGUAUUUAGCUGCCUUGAGUUGGGUGAAUGUUUAGAACCUGAGAUUUGAAAUGAGCAAGGAUUUAAUACCUGGAUGGAGUAAGGCCCCUUCAGUAAAAUGUGAGAGUGAGCUUUUACAUUUUUUUGUAAUUUAAAUGUGUUUGAUCCAUAAUUCUGGUUGUAAAUUUUCUUGAAAUAUAAAUAAAAUGUAAGGCAGUUUUACAAAAAGUCUUAAACGCGGUUUCUUUAUGACAAAAAGCAGAUGGUUAAUUUGAGGAAGUAGAUACAAUAGGUGACGAUGUGAGGAAAGAGUUUGAUGUGUGUGAGACAGAGGUGAUCUUGCAGUAUUGUGAAAUAUACUCAAGGGGAGGUGAUGCAGGUUUAAGGUGUUUGUAAGUUGCAAGAUGGUUGGUGGUGGGAGACAUUUCGAUUGCACUUGGAAAGGGAAUUGUGUUGAGAGAAACCGUAACGAUGGCUGCAUACUGCUGUUUUGAAGAGCCGUGGGCGAGCGGGCAUGUGAAGUUGCCCUCCACGGUUAUAAGCAGUCGGUACGUUUUAACAAAAUCAGUGCUGUGAAUUAGACGGCGAGAUUUGUCACUGCUCUCAGUUAUAGCUGAGAUGCACGUUAUCACAUUUGUGUAAUAUAAAAGUGAUGUAUUUAAACGAUACAUGAGAGAUUUGUAAUUCAAAUGAGAGAUAUACACACAAGGCUACUGUUUAUAAACGGAGAGAGAGCUGGAACUCAGAAUUUAUCUGCGUGGGUGGACACCAAACAGCCCUGGUGGUGGUGGUGGUGCUUCUGCACCCCACAAACUGCACGUGUCCCUGGCCACUGCGUGGCGGCAGCAGCGGCGGCCUCGCUCGCUACGCCGCCUACCCGCUAAGCCAAGACUGUGAAACCAGUAGUAGUACAUAUACAUAGGCCAAAGGAUGUGCAAUAUGUUUGAAUCAAAGGCUAUUAUUGAUGUACUGCUCAAAUCCGGUCCUUCGGCUUCUCGCGCGUGUGCGAGUCUUCUCUGCUUUCUUUAACUUAUUGUUCAUUCUAUAUCGACUGCAUUCGCGCCAGAUGUACCAGAUGUCGUCGUCGCAGCAGCGUUGAUGAGCGGGCACUGCGGUCCCCUUCACUGCGAGUCUUUAAAUCGCUUCCUCCUCCUCCCCUGCCGCUGCUGCUGCCGCAUGAAAUGUCGCCCCGUGUCAUCUCGUGUUGGCUGGCUGGAGGUACUGGUGAUGGACAAUGAAGUUUUAUGCUGAAGACUUGUAACGCAUUGCUCUGCUUCUUGGAGAUGGGGGUUAAAAGCCAUCCAUCCCUCUGAAUGGACAAUGCGUGACGAUGAUAAUGUAUUGUCGAAAAACCAGGGGUGGAUUCGUUAGCUAAUGGGAGUGGAGUUUAUCUUAUGACCUUGGAUAACCAUGGUAGGAUGGGAGUGAGACUUGGACGCUGGCACUUACACAUUGCUACGAGCUAUGAUGCACGUUUGCUGUUAGCAGACAAAUAGCUAGGCGAUGAUACCGAGCGGAGCAAUAAUAAGAGUACAGUUGUAUUGCGCUUAUAUUUUUUACAAAUGCUGCAUUGUAGAUUCUGGAUAGUUGUACUCAUGGAGAUUAAUCAGGGUAUUUUAACAUCGAUGAUUCUAUAACCGGUUGACGGAUGACGGCACGAAUAAAAAUGCAUGUUUUGAGCUGGUACUGUGGUGUCGUUUCACGCGAAAGAGAAACUCGAGUUGUUUACACGAAAAGUGUAAAUAUGUGGAAGGUGAAACACGUGGCGCUGUUGCUGAUGUUAUCAACAUGUGUGCAGCAAAUCGUGUUUCUGGGCAUGUGGUAAUGAUUGAGAAGGAUUCCUCGAUAUGGGUCAUCAAAUGCGUGCCUGCUACCGGCGGUGAUGUUUUCUCAUGGCGAUUCGUAAUGGCCACGUCAUGGCAGCGAACGCGGGUCGUUGAGAUCCCGAUUUCAAAUGUGGACCCCAGUUGCCCGUGAUCAGACUGGGUUCUCUUGCAGCGAGUUGAUGGUGGUCUUAGCCUGGUCACGAAUGACGCCACAAAAAAAACUCCCAGAAUAAUAGUUGGUGUUAUUGUUUCACGACAUGGUGAAUAUUCCAGCUGAGGAAUACAGAACAGAUUUAGGCGCAUUACCUUGUGAUGAAUGCUGUCUGCAGGCCGGAUAAUAGAUGCAUCACCUUUUGUGGAUCAUUACGUACCAUUGUCAUUUUGUAGGCCAUUCUCUAACACAAGGUGAGGUGUAAUGCUCGACCCGAGAAUUAUAAUGAAUUCAUUUGCCUUGUGACGUGAUGCUGAUAGCACAAUCGAAUAAUUGGAACACGAUGGGUAUUUAAAGAGUUUUGCCAGGCAAUUGCUGGUGUUCAACUAACUUCGCGUUGUCAUACGAAGCAUAUAUUUCCACUUUCACGUUUUGCCAUUUGGAUAGUUUUCUAAGCAGUAUCAUAAUUAUUGUAUUGAUAGAAUCAGACUGUGCUAGCAUAUGACUAACAAAAGCUUUGUUCUGUUCGUCUCAUCGCCCCCUUCAUUUACAGGCAAAAAUCCGUUUAAUUUUAAGUUUGUCAGUGUCGUUUUCUGUAGCGUUACAUUUCAAAUGUAACAGCAUUUCUGAAAUGUUUAAAUAAAAAGAAGAACAAUCAUCAGAUUAUCUGGCAAUGACUUUCAGUGUAACCGAAUGCUCGGCUUCUCAAGUCAGAAAUGUGCGGCUGCCUAUGUGCUCUGUAAAAUGAGCAGUUUGAGAACACGUGGUCAUACCUGUCAACCCCUUAUCAGUGCCUACUUGUUACAGACCAGUUCAGACCUUAUUGGUCAACCCGUGCCCUUAUAAAUCUUAACGUUCAUCACAAGGGAGAAACACAAAUAGACAAAACAUGACAAAGCUUUCGUGACUGCAGGAAUUCAUAUUCUUUGGGUCUUUCGGUAAAGCCACGUAGAUAUACAAAAAUAAAAAAAUAAAUAUCACGACAUUUCAAUCGAUGUGUUACAGGUGAUGACGAUUGCUUGUAUUUCGAUCAAAAAGUCGUGAUAUUUUUUAAAUUAUUUCUUCUACCUCUACGUGGCUUUACCGAAAGACCCAAAGAAUAGACAAAACAUGUUGCUCGUAACGGCUGUAUGGACCUGAACUCUCCUGUACACGAAUGUGGGUAAACCGUAUGGGUUGACAUGUGUGCUAUGUUGACAUGUAUGCUAUGUUGACAUGUAUGCUAUGUUGAGUGAGCGGUCAAAUAUAUUCUAUCCAUAAGAUUUUUUAAUGGCUUAGAUCGCGUAAAUAUAAAUGUGUCGUUAAACCCGCCGCCACCCGACACAUCCAACUCGUAAGGUUUGUCACGUAAACAGAACGUGCCAAUUCGUCACUAGUUCAGCACUAACCGGUGUGUUGGGGAGUAAAACCACAACAUUUACAAUCAGAGUACGACGUUUCACCGGGUUUAACGAUGCAUUUAUAUUACCGCGAUCUAACCCAACAAACCUCAAUAAUAUUGGUCGCGAAAGGCGACGUGUUAAACCAAUUCUAUUCUAUGCGGUCGCAAUCGACUCGUCUUGGGAAGCUCAAAUACGGAGUCCAAAGUGCGGCAGAUCAAUGUCCUUGCGGUUCUGCAGCUGCUGUUGUUUUGGCUGUUUAACAACGGGCGGACACCGCAUUCUCUGGAUUUUGAAGAUGCUGCCCUGCAAAGUAAGAGAUGUACCCCGUAGAGCGUGUGUGAUUAUAAUUUAACACAAAUCUGGUCCAGCACACACCGACGCGCCAAAACGCGACGUUAGCCACUGCCGAGAAACACUCAAUCCGGUGCUCACAUCGUCGUUUCCUGGUUGUGGUAUUUUACUAAAGACCAGUACUGACAUCACAUUGUGCUGACUGAUCGCGUGUUACCCGAGCAUGUGCGCUCAAUAAAGUGCAUCGACUGUA